GACCGAUGCGGAGAAAACACUGAAUAAAAUGGUCCACCGACUUCGCGCUCACCCAUCCGUCUAAAAAAGCAUAAUAAGAAGUUAAACUAGAACCACGCCAGGGCAAUGGCGUCUCCACAAAGCUUGUUCUGUAUCUCUCUGGAGGUCAUCUGCUUUUUCGGACUCAUCAUACUUUCCGCUGUGCUGAACGAAUUCAUUUACCUGCGCGUUGGGGGACUUCAGCCGUUCAAACGGGGCUUUUUUUGCAAUGAUAUGUCGAUACAGAAGCCUCUCCUGAAGGAUUCAGUUCCGUUUGAGGCAGUGAUUGGUAUCGGAGUUACUUUCACUCUGUUUAUGAUAGUGAGUCUUGAAUGCGGUAAUCAGUUAACUAAACCUCGACGGGAAGGAAAUGCUGAGGACGAGGAGUGGGAUGACAAGAAACUCGGCUCUGUUGUUAUCCCCUCUUGGAUUAUCAGGAUGCUGCACCGAAUGGCCGUGUUUCUGUACGGGAUCCCUCUGCUCUUCCUGAUAUUCAAUGUGGUUUCCGUGAUGACUGGUCGACUGACGCCUAAUUUCCUGGCUGUGUGCAAACCCAAUACCACGCUGUUCGACUGCAACGAGGGUUACAUCACGAAAGACGUGUGUACUGGGGACGCCCUGGAUGUCAAGAGGGCCAGGCUUUCAUUCCCGUCCGUCAACACUCUCGUCGCCAUGUACUGCAUGGUGUUCGUAGCGCUGAGCCUGCAAGCGGCUGAAUGUCUGUCCAGGACCAAGCUCCUCCGAACCGCCCUCCAGGUAGCAGCCAUCCUGGGAGCGCUCGCUGUGGGAAUGAGUCGAGUCAAAGACUACUCACAUCACUGGUCGGACGUCGCUGCUGGUGUCAUCCUCGGGUCAGCGGCUGCAUGGUUACUGGCGACCAAAGUUUGUGGACUUUUCGACGUAUCCAAGCACUCCCUGAAGCCAUACAGCCUGCUGCGACUUGACAACGAUGCCGACGAAGAACGAGAGGGUCUAACCAGGAAAUCAAUGCGCUGACAACCUCAAUGGCAAGAGCUAUACCACUAGCGAUGGGGGCAUUGGGAUCCUUAUAGAUCUAGCAGAACCUUGGGUCUUAUUAAGAAAUAGUUUUAACAAAAUAGUCAAUGAGAACAAAGAAUAUAGCGUUCAUAAAAGGGUAAAGAGAGGUUCGUAAUA